ACGGUUAAGCGCCAAAAAACUAAAGAAGAAGAAGUGUGUGCGUGCAGACUUUCACCGGUGCUGUGGCGAACACCGCGAGGUGCACAUAAAGAAACACAAAUUAGCAUUUACAAGUACCGACAGCGAAACGUACACAGGGGGGAAAUUGUAUUAAAAGGAGCAGUUUUCUCAUCUAAAAAUUCCAUGGAAGGAGCAAUUGAUCAGGCCAAAAUGAAGUUUUCGAGAAUAGUAAACAGUCGCUCGUACACCCGGUUCAAUCAAUCUCAGAAUCCUGAUGGAGAGAGCAGCCAUGUGGAGGUGAAGCUUGCUGUAGAUGGUGAGGAGGAAAUGGAUGGAAUAGAACCAGAACAGAUGCAACGUGACACGUACACAAGACCCAGUCGUUCUGAGCCAUGGAACAAGUGGAGGAUUCUGGUUGGGGUGGGUGUAGUGCUGUUCAUCUUCUGUGUAGGUUUGCUCAUUGGAUACUCUACCCACCGCAAGUCUGAGCCUGCUACCUGCUCUCCAGGAGAUGGUGAGAUCAAGCAGGACCCUGAAGAUUCAUCUUAUCAAGAAAUUCCACCAUUUUAUCCACCUGUUUUGGAUUGGAGUGACCUUGUUAAACUUCUGAAUGAUAAACUGUCAUCUACAGCCAUUAAAGAUAAAUUAAGAGAUUAUUCCCAGGUCAGACGUACAGCAGGAUCAGCUGCAGAUAAUAAGAUAGCUGAUAAUAUCCAUGACAUUUUCAUGAAACAGAAUAUGGACCCCUGGGUGGAUGAGCACUUUGUGAAACUACAGUUUCCUAACAGCAACAAUCCAAACAAAGUGUACUUUGGUGAAGUGGAGAUCGGAAUUCCAAAAGGGUUCCUGGCUUACAGUGAAACAGGACGUAGAGAGGGUAAAGUGGUGUACGCCAACUAUGGUGAGCUUUCUGACCUGCAGAAUAAAGAAUACAAACUGAAUCUAAAUGGAUCUGUUGUACUGAUGAGAGCUGGAAAAAUCAGCGUGGCUCAGAAGAUUAUGAAUGCAGCUAAAAUGGGUGCCGUAGCAGCUCUGAUCUACCCAGACCCAGCUGACUAUAAAACUAUGUCUUUGGAUGCUGAACUUUAUGGACAUGUCCACCUUGGAUCAGGUGAUCCUUACACACCAGGAUUCCCGUCCUUUAAUCACACACAGUUUCCACCUGCCAAGUCCUCUGGUCUUCCAGGAAUACUUGCCCAGACAAUCACUGCUAACAUGGCACAAUCAAUCUUUGAAAAAAUGAAAGGAGAAGAAGCUCCUGCUAGAUUUACAGGUGCCCUCUCAAGUUACAAGUUGGGAAGUGAGAGUGACAAAGUAACGGUAGUAGUCAAUAAUAAUCUUGCAGACACCAAGAUCCAUAAUGUGUUUGGAGUCAUCAAAGGUUAUGUGGACCCUGAUCGUUAUGUCGUGAUUGGAGCGCAGAGAGACUCCAUGGCUGUGGGAUAUGCCAAGUCUGCAGUUGGCACUAGUCUUCUGCUGGAGCUUGCGAGAGUUUUCACAGAGUUAAAAAAAGAAGGUUACAGACCUAAAAGGAGUAUUGUGUUUGCCAGCUGGACUGCAGGAGAUUUUGGAAAUGUCGGAGUUACUGAAUGGCUUGAGGGAUACUGGUCGUCACUGGACAAAAAAGCCUUUACUUACAUUAGUUUGGAUGGUGUUGUUACUGGUGCCAAUUCUUUUAAAGCGUCCGCCAGUCCUUUGUUGCACACACUUCUGCAAAAAACCCUGGGAAAGGUCAAAAGCCUAAAGUCAAAUUCAAGCCUUCUCCAGCAUUAUGGUCCUGGUUUUCCAUCACUUCUGACGCCCAUGCAGAUGGAUGAUGGUGCAUAUCCUUUCCUGGCCCUCUCUGGAAUCCCAUCUGUUUCUUUCAGUUUCAGCUCUCCUUCGAAUGAACAGUUCUUAGACACAAGCAUGGAUGAAGAAGAGCAUCUGAACCGCAUCACUGAGCAGAAAGUGGUUGAGUUGUCUGUGAUUGCUGCUCAGGUUGCUGGGCAGAUGGCCCUUCGGCUCAUUCAUGACCACAUCAUCAAACUAGAUGUUACCAAGUAUUCUGAUGUGAUCAGCGACCACGUGAGCCGCAUCAUCCAGCGCGUUGACACUCUCAAAAAUGACAGGGCCAAUAAAAUUGAGCUUUUGUCAACUAAGUGGCUGAAUGCGGCAAAGAAUUCCUACAGUCGUGCUGCAGCCUCUCUAAAUAUUGACAUAAGCAAUACCGACCUGAAUGACUUUGAGAUGUGUCGUAUAAUCAAUAACCGCAUAAUGAAGGUGGAGCAUAAUUUUCUCUCUCCUUACGUGUCUUUGAGAGACGUCCCAUUCCGCCAUAUUUUCUUUGGUAAUGGCUGGCAAACCAGCACAGACCUGGAAAACUACUUGGGUGAUGUACAUGAAAAUAAGAUGAGCUGGAACAUAGACGAGGUCCUAAACAAGUUCGCUCUACUCACCUGGACCAUCCAGGGCUGUGCUAAUGACCUGGCUGGCGAUAUCUGGUCUUUGGACAACGAGAUAUAACGUUUUUCACUGUUGCAUCAACCAACUUGUCAUCGGCUUUGCUUAAAAAUAUUUCUAGAUGCACAAAUAUAAUCCUGUCACUAUGAAGUAUAUCUGAUUUGAUUUGGAACAAUGAAUUUUCACCAAGCAUAUCUUCAAAUUUAAUAUGACAGCUUAAUAUUAAUCUUUGGAAGAACUUUAAUCAUAUUAAGAACUAUAGUGAGAUAUUGAAUGUUAUUGCAUUAUAUUAUUCUUGCAGGACUAGGGAUAAAUAAUACAAUAUUUAAUCGUUAAAGAAAUCAGAGCACAAGGUCAUUAACUUUGCUCCUCUGCGAAUUGUUCUUAGGUGCAUGUCAUUUCUGGAUUACAUUGAAAUUUUUUUACUCAUCCAUGCCUUGUUAUUAAGUUGCACAUUGUGUGUAUUGAGUAAAUCUUGUCCUCGGCUGCUACUUGGGAAUUUUGGUCCCUUUUGCACUUCAUAUAAAACCCCAACUCAGCCUCUCUGAUCAACUGAGGACAAUACUGUAUUUAUUUCUUAUUUAUUUAUCAGUGACAGUGUUCACUAUAAAAGUGUCUUUUUUUUUCGUUUCUUUUUUAAUUAUCGGAAGCAGUGCCUUCCAUAAUUGUGGCGGUUAUACUGUCAGUUCUUAAAAGCAGCAUCUGCUAACAGAAAUACAUGUUACCAACAGCUGGCAUUAGAAAUGUCUCUUGUUACAGGUGCUUGAGGAAAUAAGCUCAAAAGCACCUGUUUUAAUAUUACGGAGCAGUUCCUCUUCUUUAAAAAAAAAAAGUUUUUGUUUUUUUGAAGAAAAGACCCAAAUUUGUCAAAUUGAAAUCAGAGCAUAAAGCCGUUUAAAAACAAGGCCUGGUUAAAGGAUGGUUUUAUACAUUUUCUUGUAUUAAAGUAUCUCUUUUGAUGAUGAUGUUCUCAUUUGUCUGAAAUAAUUUGAUAAAUUGGCAAGGCUAGUUCCUAUUUUGGCUGAACUUGUGGGCUCGAGCAUUUUUGUGACAACAGCAUUUCUCUGUAACAUUUAUAUUUCAAUUCUAAAUCCAUUAUCGGGAGCAGUGUCUUCCAUAAUGUGGAGUGUUUGAAGGUAGUUUUUGCCUACCGACGUGUAUAUAUCGAGGACAGUGAUCCUCAUAUUUCACUGUAGGGUGGAUCAAAUUAUCGGGAACAGUGUUUCCCAUAGUUUUGUAAAUAUUAAUUUUUCAUUGUGUUUUGUGUGGCUUUUUUUUCCCUGCUUUGUAAUCACUGUAAUCUGAACAACUUGAAGAUGCUUUUUACAUUUAGUCAUGCCUGUUUUGUUUAAGUUCAGUUUCUUUUCAAUGUUUCACUGGGUUUUCCCUUUUCUGGCCUGUUUCCAAAAAUGGAUAUUCGUUGUGUUAUUUAUAGAGAUGCUCUUUCAGGUGUUUGAUUUUUUUUUUUUUUUUUUUUUUUUGGUUGCUUAUUUCUGAACCUGCUCUUUUUUUUCUUUUUCUUUUUUUUCUUUGAAAAGAGGAUGUAGUCGUAAAACAUAAUGAUUAGGAUAUGAUGUAUGACUGAUUAGCUUACUGCUGAUUUUACAUAAUGGUUUCAUGUUUAAAGGCACAGGUUUUGCUAAUGUGUCUUGCAUACUAGUCUACUUGUCUUUUUUUUUUUUUUUCUCCUCGUGGCACUUAGCAGAAAGUUACAGAAUUUGUUUGGUCUUUCAUAGCAUGUAGAUGUGCAUGAAAUCUAAACAUCACAGGUUGUUAAAAACAAAGUGUUUCAAGCUGAUUGUGAUGAUGAAAUACAUUUACUAGACAUUUCCAUUUGUGUGAAUCAACGGUUACUUCUAGAUAAGCAGGGUUUUAUUUACCAAAUUGUCUUUAUUAAAAUUAAUAGACAGUAAAAUUGAUAACUGAGAUAUGUCUAGAUUUGUUAGGUGGUGGUCGGGUUUCAAGUUAAACCAUUGGAUUGCUGUUGAUUGUUAGAAUUGCCGUUUGAAUCCAAUAUCUGUCAACCUUUGCUCUGUAAUAAAUUUAGCAUUGAAAGUA